UGUACACGUUUGGAAAGAGUUCUUGGUGAGCAACAAGCGGUUUUUUUUAACGGGUUAACGAACUGGAAAAAACAGCGUUUCGACGUAGAUGGAACUAAACCGGGUUUAGCAGCGUGAUUCCGGGUCAGUCCAAAAAGUUCGACGAGUUUGUGAUUGACGUGAGGAUCUCAUCAUGGCAGAAGACCCCAGAGCAGCUGUAAGCACUUCGGUCUGACGAUGAGCAGGAACGAUGCGAGAAUAGAAAUGGACCUGGCUUUUGGAUCAGCGAAGCCGUAUGGGUCAUCUCGCAGUAUCGUCAGAUGGAUCGGAUCGACCCUCCCUCUCGCGCCGUGCCCUCGGAUCCACUUUCAGCUCCAGACGUUCAGUAUCGGAGCUGGAGCAGGAGUCCCGGGCGGUUCAGGAGGACAGGGCGGGCUCGUAGCCUCACUAGCUGAUAUAGGGUGGCUUGAGCAAGAGGAGAGCGAUGUCUCUGAGAGACGACGGUUGGAGGAAGGCUCGGGGUUAGUGUUUCGUUCACAACAGUGCCGGCCUCUCAGACGUCAGAACUCUUUACCCAGCAUGCACCAGGCCGCACCCGCUCCACAGAGCCAGACUCUCGUCAACGAGCAGGCCAUUCAGAAGAUCAGCGCUCUGGAGAACGAGCUGGCUAAACUGAGAGCACAGAUCGCUCAGAUCGUACAGGCUCAGGAGCGGAACGCACAGUCUGCAGCUCAUGCUCCAGGUGGUCCUCCUCCUACACCCUCAGCACCUUCUCUUGCACCUCCACCACCACCACCACCUCCCCCUCCUCCUCCACCCCCAGGCCCUGGCAUGCAGAGAAGCGUUUCUGCUAUUGACCUCAUCAAAGAGCGCCGCAGUAAAAAGUCUGAUCAGAACACAGUGCUGGCGUCGGAGCCUAAACAGCCCGAGAUGCCCAACAUGUUGGACGUGUUGAAAGACAUGGGCAAAGUGAAGCUACGCUCCGUUAAAAAUCGCGUUGAGGAAGAUCACACCAAGCCGAAAGCCAGUGAACCCGCAGACCCCGCUGCUCUCAUCGCCGAGGCUCUGAAGCGCAAGUUCGCCCAUCGCUACCGCAACGACAGCGAGUGUGAGAGCAACUUCAGUCUCCCUUCUCGAGAAUCCAAACCAUGCUCAGACACGCCUGCGUUUGGACAGCACAUGUUGAAAUCGACAGGAAGGAGAAAACUCGUGUGACGUCGGAUUUGUGAGCCGAACAUGGAGUGUGUGUGUGUGUGUGUGUGUGUGUGCACAGGAACAGACACGUAGCUGCCGGGACACUAAGCUCUGGUUUUCUGCACCAGCACCACUGCAGAUCUCUUGCCUUGUUUUUAUGCGUCAUUCAUGUACACUUUCAGGACCAAAAAAAAGUUCGGAAUUAAGGUAAAGACGACUCGAAAAAUUAUUUCUGUGGCGAUUUGCACAUCGAAACGAUGACCGUUCUGAUAGCUAGGAAUUAGCCAGACUUUUUGUUUUAAUAAAUAAUUUUUUAAAAACACUAAUAAAAAAAAAACCCCGUAAUUCUAUAGCUGCUUAACUUUUUGUCGAAACGUCUUACUUUCCGUGACGUGAGCGAUAACCCAAGAGAAGUCACUUUUUUUUUUAAAUAUGGUCUUGUUUUAUAUCCUAACCUUUGAUCGAGGGCGAUCAGAAAGUGGGUGGAUUCUGAUGAUCAUCGUUACUGAUCUGUAAAAACACACAUUCCUGAACCCGCCUCCUCUCGGCCCGGCGACAAAACCACCAUCGUCCAUGUGACAUGAGCACUUUCGGGGGAAAAAAGUUCAUUUUAGUGUUAAUUUAUAAAGUUGGGUAGUUUAUUUAUGUUUGGUUUUAGAUAUGAAUAGUUUAGUCUUGUUAAUAGGAUGUCAUUUGAAUGAUGUAGGAGCUGCUGGUUAUAAACACACUACAUACAAAUCAGAAUGAUUCUUUUAAUAACGUUUAUUUUUCCCUCAUCCUCGACGGUUCUAAAUGCUCUAGAUUUGCCAGUAUAUAUUCCAGUGAUGUUUAAGGUUGAUUAAAGGUAGAAUUAAAAAUAGACUUAAUGGCAAAAAUAUUCUCCUCAUUGGUCCAUCUACAUUCCACUGUUUAUAACACUAAUCCAGUUUAAUUCCACUCUAACUGAAGCACUGUGAUUAAAUCAAAUGUUCAGGAUGAGGUAGAGAAGAUCCACUGAUGUUCAGGAGUAUUAAAGGGAAUCAGGAGGAAAUAUCUGUCAACAGUUGCACCGUAUCUUAUCAAUGAAACUGGAAUAGAGUUUCGUCAAUAAAAUGUUUCAAUUUUCUCGUGAA